AUGGCACUUUUAAAUUAUUCUCCUCGCAAAGAGUUUAGAGCCGUUUUACAACAUUCCUCUUUACUCACCUGUCCUGAUAGAAUUGUAACUGUCUUUGAGAUAUUUAACAGUGGUCGACAUUUUUCAGUUUUAUUUUUGUAUGACCGAGUAUUAGCCGAAGGUGAUAAUGAAAUUAAAAGAGGAGUUUACCCAUACAUGGCCUUUUUAUAUUACCCAGAAGAGAGUGUCGUAGAACCGUCUGGUGCUCGUUUCGUUCGGGGAGCUGUCCUGGUGAAACCGGACUGGUUGAUCACUUCAUCUGUUGGACCGAUCACUAUAAACGACAUACCGCUUGGAUUUCCUCGCAAAACACUACUAGCUAGACUUGGUGCUAUCACAAUUGAUUACAAAUUUACACUCAGUGAGGAUGAAGAUGAGCAAGAGAGAGAGAGACGGGUUAGCAACUGGACUGCAGAAAGGCAAUUAAUGCAGCACUUUGUCGAACUACAGCCACCGUUGUCACAAGACUGUGGUAGCCACUACUAUCCAGACACUAUGUUAUGCGCAACCGACAAUGCAGAAUACAAAAGCUUAGUGAAUGAUUCAGAAUUCUGUCAAGGAAAUAGCGGAGGGCCCCUCGUGUGCGAUAAUGAAGUCACUGGCAUACAAACGUAUAUAGAUAGUAACUGUAAGCAACCACACCUUUAUCAAGACCUGUCAGCAUGGGAUAACUUCAUUAUCUGUGGCAUCGAAAAUAAAUGCAAUGAAGAAGAAUGUUCCAAUAUGUGCACUGUAAUGAAUAAGGAUGACGAUGCUAAAAAAUAUGAAACCACUUCUGAUGACCCGCAAACCACAAUAGAGUCAACUUCUCUUUUCACUUUAACCGAAAAGAUCACUAUGCCUUCACCUACUAGCGAAUCGUUGUCUUUCGAUGAUGUUUUUGUUGUGUCCACAUCUUCAGUCGCAACCACUCAAACCACUGUACAGGUAACAACAGAAAAAUCGCCCACUACAACAUUGGCGACAACAAAAACUGAACCAGUUACAGACCAAACGCAACAAACGUCCUGGCCGAAAGAAAAAUACCCACAACGAGAAAAGAUGGUGGAGGGAGACGACAAGAUUGAGAGAACAACUAGUGUGGAAGCUCAACGUCAAGAUGUUAAGGUCAAAGUGAAGAAGAGUGGUGCUCCGAGGAACAUCUGUUAUUUCCAAAGUUUAUUUAGUGCUUUUCUUUUUAUUUGCUUAAUGUAA